UCCGCCGGAAGUGUCCUGCAGUCGCAAUUGCCCUUUCCUCAUUGCACGCGCGGGCACCCGGUACCGUCUUCGGGGCGGGCGUACGACCACCAUGGCGGCCACCACCCUGCUGCGCGCGACGCCCCUCUUCAGCGGUCUCGGCGCCGGCCCGACCCCCGCGCUGCAGGGUCUGUUGCGGUCGCUGAAGGCCCCGGCCCUGCCCCUUCUGUGCCGCGGGCUGGCCGUGGAGGCCAAGAAGACCUAUGUGCGCGACAAGCCCCACGUGAACGUGGGAACCAUCGGCCAUGUGGACCACGGCAAGACCACACUGACCGCGGCCAUCACGAAAAUUUUAGCGGAGGGAGGCGGGGCCAAGUUUAAGAAGUACGAGGAGAUUGACAACGCCCCCGAGGAGCGCGCCCGCGGUAUCACCAUCAAUGCGGCCCACGUGGAGUACAGCACUGCGGCCCGCCACUACGCCCACACAGACUGCCCGGGCCACGCAGAUUACGUUAAGAAUAUGAUCACAGGCACCGCCCCCCUCGAUGGCUGCAUUCUGGUGGUGGCAGCCAAUGACGGUCCCAUGCCCCAGACCCGAGAGCACUUAUUACUGGCCAAACAGAUUGGAGUGGAGCACGUGGUGGUGUAUGUGAACAAGGCAGAUGCCGUCCAGGACUCCGAGAUGGUCGAGUUAGUUGAGCUGGAAAUCCGGGAGCUGCUCACGGAGUUUGGCUACAAAGGGGAGGAGACCCCUGUCAUCGUGGGCUCUGCGCUCUGUGCCCUGGAGCAACGCGACCCUGAGCUCGGCCUGAAGUCUGUACAGAAGCUGCUGGAAGCCGUGGACACCCACAUCCCUGUGCCCACCCGGGACCUGGAGAAGCCUUUCCUGCUGCCUGUGGAGUCAGUUUACUCUAUUCCCGGCCGGGGCACGGUGGUGACAGGUACGCUAGAACGUGGCAUUUUGAAGAAGGGAGACGAGUGUGAGUUCCUGGGACAUAACAAGAACAUUCGCACGGUGGUGACAGGCAUCGAGAUGUUCCACAAGAGCCUGGAGAGGGCAGAGGCUGGCGAUAACCUGGGAGCCCUGGUCCGCGGCCUGAAGCGGGAGGACCUGCGGCGGGGCCUGGUCAUGGCCAAGCCAGGCUCCAUCCAGCCCCACCAGAAGGUGGAGGCACAGGUUUACAUCCUCAGCAAAGAGGAAGGAGGCCGUCACAAGCCCUUUGUGUCUCACUUCAUGCCCGUCAUGUUCUCCCUGACGUGGGACAUGGCCUGUCGUGUCAUCUUGCCUCCAGGGAAGGAGCUUGCCAUGCCCGGAGAGGAUUUGAAGCUGAACCUCAUCUUGCGGCAGCCAAUGAUCCUAGAGAAAGGCCAGCGUUUCACCCUGCGAGACGGCAACCGGACGAUCGGCACCGGCCUCGUCACCGACACGCCCAGCAUGACCGACGAGGACAAGAAUAUCAAGUGGAGUUGAGUCUGGAACUGUGCUCGGGCUGGUGCUCAGAGCUGCGUGGCCAGUGUUCUCCCGCUUCGGGUGCCCCCGUCCCAGGGCGGUGGCUGCAGCCCAGCAGUUGCAGCCAGACUGACACUUGCCCUGGCCAGACGGGCCGCAGCCCUGCCAGUUUAGGUCGCUCAAUAAACUGUCCUGUGAAUAGUAA